UCUCGUAGGUUUCCUCGAUGUCCUUCCUGCGCUGGAUCUCUGAUGCAACCGUGUUUGUUAUGGUGAAGGAUCACUGGAUUCUGCGUCCUUAAAUGAGUGUUUUUGAUCUGUUUCGUGGGUUUUUCGGGGUUCCCGGUGGUCAUUAUCGUGGUGAUGGCCGCAGGGACCCCUUCUUUGAUGGUAUGAUUCAUGAAGAUGAUGAAGACGAGGACGAUGACAAUGGAUUUCACCACGAUGACUUUAAUAGGCCCCGUAGGGACCCGUUUGAUGAUGCCUUUAGAUUUGGUUUCAGUUUUGGGCCUGGUGGGAUGCGCUUCGAGGAACCUGAGCUGUUCGGCCAGAUCUUCAGGGACAUGGAGGAGAUCUUUGCCGGUCUAGGCCGCUUUGAUGAGCGCCAUGGCUUUGGACACAGAGGUGCCCCAUCAGUAGAAGCUCCGCCUCCUCAGGAAGGUGCAGAGAAAGGCAGGGGUCAGGCAGGAAGUAGUAACCCGAUUAGAGAUUUCAUGUUGAAGUCUCCUGACAGUUCACCCUACACACCACCCCUCCCUCCCCCCUCUGGGGCACCAAAGGACAGGGAUUCUUCUUCUCCACAGGAUCCCAGCAGCCGCUUUCCUCAGUGGAGACCCUUCUCAAAGUUUCAUGAUUUUUGGAAAGAUGGCCUAUUAAGACCAAAAGAGGGAGAGAAAAAAGAGGAUGGAGAUCUGGACUCACAGGUGUCUUCAGGUGGUCUGGAUCAGAUCUUGACUCCGGCGCCUUCACAGCCUAAGAUAAGGUCAACUUUUAAGUCUGUCAGCGUUACCAAGGUGGUCCGACCAGAUGGAACUGUAGAAGAAAGGCGAACAGUCAGAGAUGGUGAAGGUAAUGAAGAGACUACAGUGACCAUCUCUGGUCCAAGUGGCCGAGAUGCGCCGCAAGAUCAGUCUGGUCCUCUCAUGCCAGGUGGGUUGAACCCCUCUACUGACAUGCAGGAUGAUUUCUCAGUGUUUUCUAAGUUCUUCAGAGGCUGAAGAAGCUCUGGACACAAACCUAAGGACGAUCUCUUUUCAUCCUUUCCCAGCAAACCCACCAACUGCAAGCUACAAUAAUAAUUAGUUGAUUUUACAUUGUUCAGUCUGAUUACAGUGACGGCGCUACACCGGGGCUAGGGGGGGCUAUAGCCCCGUCAGAAUUUUUAAUAGCCCCGGUUUAGCCCCAUUUCUUUAUGAAGUA